UGACAAUAUGGCGACCUUUCGCUUGGUUUACAAAAAUCAAAUUCAGCACGUGUGUAAAGGUGCCAAACUUAAAUCGUGAAAAUAUGGGUGACAACAGACAGGAGCAGACCUACGAUGGCCCCGCCGGUAUGCAGCCCGAUGGCGUUAUCGAGUCCAACUGGAACGAGACCGUCGACAACUUCGACGACAUGGGCCUGAAGGAGCAGCUGCUCCGCGGCAUCUACGCCUACGGUUUCGAGAAGCCGUCUGCCAUCCAGCAGCGCGCUAUUAUGCCGUGCAUCAAGGGGCACGACGUCAUUGCCCAGGCCCAGUCUGGUACUGGUAAGACUGCUACAUUUUCCAUCGCGAUCUUGCAGCAGAUCGACACCAACAUCCCAGAAUGCCAAGCGCUGAUUCUGGCCCCGACCCGUGAGUUGGCGACCCAGAUCCAGAAGGUCGUGAUUGCCCUCGGCGAUUACCUGCAGGCCCAGUGCCACGCGUGCAUCGGCGGCACCAACGUGCGCGAUGACAUGCGCAAGCUGGAGAUGGGUUGCCACAUCGUGGUCGGAACCCCGGGACGUGUGCACGACAUGAUCAGUCGUAACUUCCUGCGCACCAACCACAUCAAGCUGUUCGUCCUCGACGAGGCCGACGAGAUGUUGUCCCGUGGUUUCAAGGACCAGAUUCAGGACGUUUUCCGCAUGUUGCCGAACGACGUGCAGGUCAUCCUGCUGUCCGCUACCAUGCCGUCUGAAGUGUUGGAGGUUUCGACCCACUUCAUGCGCGAGCCGGUCAAGAUCUUGGUCAAGAAGGAGGAACUCACCCUGGAAGGUAUCAAGCAGUUCUACAUCGACGUGAAACAGGAAGGCUGGAAGCUCGGAACGCUGUGCGAUCUGUACGAUACGCUGUCCAUCACUCAGGCCGUCAUAUUCUGCAACACUCGCCGCAAGGUCGACCAGCUGACCGCCGACAUGGCCGCUGAGAGCUUCACCGUGUCUUCCAUGCACGGCGACAUGGACCAGCGGGAUCGUGACUUGAUCAUGAAGCAGUUCCGUACCGGAUCGUCGCGUGUCCUCAUCACCACGGAUCUGCUCGCUCGUGGUAUCGACGUGCAGCAGGUUUCGCUAGUUAUCAACUAUGAUUUGCCGACGCUGAGAGAAAACUACAUCCAUAGAAUCGGUCGAGGUGGACGUUUCGGUCGUAAGGGAGUUGCUAUUAAUUUUGUUACUGAAGCUGACAAGAGAGUGCUGACAGACAUUGAGAAACACUACAACACUACCAUUGAGGAGAUGCCAGCAAACUUGGCCGAUAUGCUGUAAAUUUCCAAACCCCCCUAAAUCAGCAGCAUCAACCAACAAGCAAGCAAACAAACCAACAACAACAAUACAAAAAAGAAAACAUCUCCAGCAGCAAGUGUAGUGUCACAACAACAACAACAAAAUCAGUAUAAAAAAGAAGCAACUAAAACAACAACAUCCAUCAGCAACAACAACAACGACCGAAGACGAUAAAGAAACACAAAACCACGACACGACAACGAUCGAUCGCGGAAACUAACAACAACAACAACAUCUUUCCCCCCACCAUCUCUCGGACAUCGGACGUGCGUCGAAAUCGUGAUCAAGAUCCGCAGUGAACGAAAAUUCUCCUUCCAAUUCCAGGUAACGAGAAACUUCUGUUGUCAAUCACUGGAACGAGUAAAACAAGAAAACAAACAAAAUCUGCAACUUUUCUUUCAUGUGUACCAAGAAGCUAAACAACAAUCAUCAGCAAGUUGAAUAAAAGAAACGCAAAAAAGGCAACAAAGCAAAAUUAGACACAAAGUAUAAUAUAAUUGAUACCUUUAUCACAACUUUGAAGAAAAAUCCUACUUUUUUCAAUUCACUUUCCUUUUUUUUAACUUUAAUAAUCCCCCCCAUUUUUCCUCCACAUAUAUAAAUGUAACGCGUCCCCCAGGUUUAGUGCUAGUUAGGGUCAGUCAACGCAGUUAAAAUUAUUCUAAAUAUCAGCGGCCGAGGCCACUGUUUCCGGGGUCUCAUCCUGAGCGGGCCCGGAAAGUGCUCACCCAGGAUGAGGCCCCGGAGCAGUGGAAUCGAGCCUGUUUGUGAAUGAGAUGCGAAACUAGCAUUAGGUGAAUUUAUACUGUUAAGAACUCCAAACUUCCAAAACCAACCAACCAACCGCGCGCAGGCCUGCAGAACAAACAGGAAGUCAGGACACGACAUGGAAAGUGACACACCGUGGGAAUCGCGUACGUAACGGAAUUGCUGACCGAUGGUCCGCCGUGUAAUUUUUCGAACUUCCUGAACGAGGGUCUUUUUUAAGCUUUUCGGUUGUACAUUUUUUGUUUAUUAUGUAUGGAAAUAUGAAAUCAUCAGCUUACAAUAAAUUUAUCUAGCCUUUU